GUCAACGUCAGACGAAUGUCAUCUUUUCUACGAGUGUUGCUUUCGUAGAGAGAGUAUCAAACCCUAAUGUGUUGUUUUCACAAGUCACAAAACCUUUUUGCAGGCUAUCACACGUUCAAACCACUCCAUUACUUAAUUUAACCUGGAGGUACAUAAAAGGGCGGCAAAAUUACGUCCAAAAUGCAAGGCGUUAGCGCUCCGCGGGAGCCUACGCAACCAGUUAUUAGUACGAAUUCUACCAUCCUAAAUAUGAGAGAAAAAGAGAAAUAUAUCGAAGAAUUCGACUUUCCCUUUUGCGAUGAGUCUUCUAAAUACGAGAAAGUGGCAAAAAUCGGCCAGGGCACGUUCGGAGAAGUGUUCAAAGCUCGUGCAAGGAAUAGCAACAAAAAGUUCGUAGCGAUGAAGAAAGUGCUCAUGGACAACGAAAAAGAAGGCUUCCCGAUCACGGCACUGCGAGAAAUCAAGAUCCUACAGCUCCUUAAACAUGAGAACGUCGUCAAUUUGAUCGAAAUAUGCCGCACUAAAGCUACCCUACACAAUAAAUACCGAUCGACUUUCUACCUAGUUUUCGACUUUUGUGAGCACGAUUUGGCUGGUUUACUGUCGAAUGUUAACGUCAAAUUUAGUUUAGGAGAGAUUAAAAAGGUCAUGCAACAGUUACUUAAUGGAUUAUACUAUAUACACAGCAAUAAAAUUCUGCACAGAGAUAUGAAAGCCGCGAAUGUACUUAUAACUAAGAAUGGGAUACUAAAACUGGCGGACUUUGGUCUGGCGAGAGCCUUCAGUGUGGCAAAGUCAGGACAAGUGAAUAAAUACACAAACAGAGUGGUCACAUUGUGGUAUAGGCCUCCAGAACUUCUUUUAGGUGACCGUAACUACGGCCCACCAGUGGACAUGUGGGGCGCGGGCUGCAUCAUGGCAGAGAUGUGGACACGGUCACCCAUCAUGCAGGGUCCAACAGAACAACAGCAGUUAAUCCUAAUAUCUCAGCUCUGCGGCUCUUGUACACCUGAUGUUUGGCCCGGAGUGGAAAACCUUGACCUCUACAACAAGAUGGAGCUGCCCAAAGGUCAGAAGCGGAAGGUCAAGGAGAGGCUAAAGCCCUAUGUGAAGGAUCCCUACGGCUGUGACCUCUUAGACAAGUUGCUGCAGUUGGAUCCUGCUAAGAGGUACGACGCCGACACAGCGUUGAACCACGACUUCUUCUGGACGGACCCGAUGCCGUGCGACCUGGCCAACAUGCUGGCGCAGCACACGCAGAGCAUGUUCGAGUACCUGGCGCCGCCGCGCCGGCCCGGCCACCUGCGCCACCACCACCACGUGGCCGGCGCGCAGGCCAAGCCCGCGCAGCCCGUGCAGGACUCCGGCUACCAGGACAGGGUGUUCUAGGGCCUACCGUACCACGCCAAGCGGAGACGGUAUAAAUAAUGACUCUAUACAAAACUAUUCAACUUAUAUCUCCUAUAUGUAAAAUAAUAGAUUAAGGGCUGAUUUUUCAAUCCAUAUAACUUAUAUUCGACGAAUAUUUUUGACGUUUUGACAGCUUUUGUAUAGGAAAUAUGUCAAACGGCCAUAUUUAUUCCUCAGAUAAAAUUUAUCUGAUGAUUGAAAAAUCGGCCCUAAAAUAAUAAAAAAAAGCCCACGUUCUUAAAUGUCACGUUCAUAUUUUAUUAAUAUGGGUUUUUAUAUAUGUUAGUUGCAUUGUCAUCGGGUUUGAAGCUACCCUAUAAA